CUUGUAGCUGAUAAUAUGCUCAAGUAGUUCAUCUAGGUCAAUUAAAAGUUGACGAGAUUACUAAAGUAUACUAUUAAGUAUUGCCAAUGUCUAUAUACACCCUAGCUAUAAUCCAAGGCACGCCUAAUAAAACAACAAACCUCACAUCCCACCUAGACAAAUUAUUACCACGGAUGCCAAAGAAAUUUUAAUUAUUACUAUACUCAUUUGUAUACUCUACUCUCUCCAUUCGUUAACUACGUCUUGUUGAAAUAUCGCCGAGUUGCAUAAAUGAUCGUAUACCCAUUCACGUGACAAUGGCGACAUACUGGGGGAGUAUUGCGAAUGCUAUAAGCGUUGGUAAUCGGUCUAUGCGGAUCCCAAUGCCCCUCCUAAAUGAAAUUGCGUAUCCGGCUCAAUUGAAGAUGAAGCUUAGUUGUUACAAUAUUUGUUGUAGAAGAUAUGAGCGAGGAACAUAGAAUCAAGUCGGUGGCUGUUGUUGGCGCGGGUGCGGCAGGGGCUGUCACGGCGGCAGCAUUAAAAGCUGAAAACUAUUUCGAACGGAUUCGGGUAUUUGAGAGACGAGAGACGCCUGGGGGAACAUGGAUUUACGACUCGGACCCGACGCCCGCAUUAGAAGUGCAUCCGGGAAAGUUACCUCCCGAUGUCGAUCCGCCGUUGGAGAUCCCGAAGGAGCUCCCUCAGGUCACACCGCCCAACCAGCAAGAGAGGUUUUCCAAGACACCUAUCUACAACUCUUUAACAACCAAUGUGCCCGAUAUUGCCAUGUGCUUCUCCGAUAGCAGGUUCGCCUACGGGCCCUUCCCACCGCAUCAUGUUCCCAAGCAGUACAUCGAGAGCUAUUUCUCGCUCCACAAGACAGACUCGCUGCUGAGCCUGAGCACUACUGUCGAGGACAUCACCAAACUGAAGCCCGACUCGGAAGACGGUCCUGAAAGAUGGAAACUGACCCUCCGGAAGUACGACCCGUCUCGUCACGUCGACUCCUGGUGGGAAGAGACAUUUGACGCCGUGAUCCUGGCAAAUGGGCACUACUCUGUUCCCUACAUCCCCUACGUCAAAGGCCUCCAAGAAUACGCCCAAAAAUUCCCCGGCCGCGUGUCACACUCCAAGUACUACCGGUCCCCCUCCCCAUACGCCGGACAACGCGUCGUCGUCAUCGGCAACUCCGCAUCCGGCCACGACCUCACCGCCGAACUAGCCUCCACGGCACGCCACCCCGUCUUCCAAUCGCGGCGCUCCAAGUCCCGCUGGGACGGCUCCUCGCCGCCCCCCGGCAUCGCCUGGAAGCCCGUGAUUUCCGAGUACGACGCCUCCUCCUCCUCCAACGGCAGCAUCCUGUUCGCGGACGGCACGCGGCUGGCCGACGUCGACGCCGUCAUCUACGCCACCGGAUACAACGCUUCCUUCCCGUUCUGGAACGCCGCCGCGAACGCCAACGGCGCGCCGCCGCUGUGGGACUACGCCCGCGGCAAGCUCGUCGGCACCUACUGGCACACCUUCUUCCGCGCGCACCCCACCCUCGGCAUCGUCGGCGUGCCCCGCGUCCUCACCUUCCGCAGCUUCGAGUACCAGGCCAUCGCUCUCGCCCGCCUGUUCGCCCGCCGCAACGCCGUCCCGCUGCCCCCGCCGGCUGAGCAGGAGCGCUGGGAGCGGGAGCGGCUGGAGAACACGCGGCGCGAGGGGAGGAAGUUCCACGAUAUCGAUUGGGAGCGGGGGGAGACGGCCGAGUGGCUGGAGGGGUUGUUCCGGAUCGCGGGGCUGGGCACGCUGGGGGGCGAUGGGAGGGUGCCGCCGCCGUUGACUAGGGAGGUUGUCUGGGCGAUUGAGCAUCUGAGGAAGUAUCCGGAGCCGGGGAAGGGGGAGGAUGGAGAGGGAAAGGAGAAUGAUUCGGUUAUAGAGGCUAGGAACGAUCAGACGAGUAUCCAGGACGAUGGAUGGGUAUUGGUUAAUAGGCGACGUAAAGAUUUAUUAGGAUUCUUAUGAUCGAGUCACUAAGAUUGAGCAACGAAUUGCACAUAAGUACAUAGCUCGCUGAGAUUGAAGCCAUGAUAGUCAAUUUAGAUUAUAGAUCGAACAACACGCCUGAACACAAAGCCUAUAUUCCGUGUCUAAUUUUAUACGUUCAUCUCGCGGCAUUGUUCUUGAAUGAAU